GUGGCGGAAUCAAAAAAGUGGUUUCCGGAUAAUUAUCCGAACCAAUCCGGAUAUGUUUCCGUUUCGUUGGGAUAUCAUUUUUGCGAUGCGCACUCUCCUGCGCGUACUUCCAGGGCUUCUCCUUCUCUGUGAACAUGCGAGCGCUGUGGUCCCGUCAGGAAUUCUCCGUCUCUCUAACGACGCCAAGAAUGCGACAGACAUGCUAGUGGCUCCGAGUUCCCAGUCCGGAUGGGGGCCUCGCCUUCCAACAAGUUCGUCCACUCCAAAGCAUCCCAUUCAACUUGCCAGCACCGAUGGAUGCUCUGCCAUGUCGUCAGCAUAUAAAGGUGCCUAUGUCGUCGUGAAUCGAGGCAACUGUUCCUUCUUGGACAAAGCGCUACAUGCAUCCAACGCCGGCGCCAGUGCCUUGAUCAUUCGCAACACGCGUGAAACCGUGUACUUCGUCGAUCGGAAUCGAACGGCGUCAGGGGGAAGCAACCUCUCCGCCUCGUCGUCCACUCCCUCUAUGUCCUUUGCCACUGACUGUCUCCACGGAGAAUCCUUCCUUGCUCACUUGCAUCCCUCGCAGCCUUGGCUCGUCCCCGACGACUCGGCCUGUGCGCAAAGCCCUGAAUGCGCGUCGCACAUCUGCCUCCCCACGGGCCUCCAGUCGGACCGCGGGUUCCAAGUCUGCUGCAUGUGGGACACACAUUUACUCAUGGGGGUCAACACCACGACCCUCAAAAACACAUCACUCGCCCUCCCCAUCGUAUUUGUGACUGUCGGACAAGGCGAAAAUCUCACUCGCAUCUUCACACCUUCCAUCCACGGCACGCUUUUCCAGCGCCCAGUUCCGCUGGUAGAAGUCGCAUCCAUCGUACUUUGGGCGCUGGGUAUCGCGACGGCCAUCGGCGGCGCCUACUACGCCGCCUCCAUGGACCGCCAAGCCAUGUUGGCUUCCAAGCCCCAUGCCCACGCCGACGACGACCGUCAUCAUGAGCACGACGCCUCGGACGACGUGCUCGACGUGUCCUUCCGGCAUGCCGUCGCCUUCAUCUUGUUCGCGGGGGUGUUUCUGACCUUUCUGUAUUUUGUCCACGUCGGUCCCCUCCUGUCCAUUCUCUUUGGGCUGUCCACCCUCUCCACCUUCACCAUGCUCGUGACCCAGCCCAUCUUCCGCACCCUCCUCUGCUGCCUCCGUCGCCGAUACGUCCUCCGGUGUCCGUCCAUCGUUGGCCCCUUGCCGAUCCCGGACGUCGUGGCCACCCUCGUCACCGCGGCGCUGGUCGUGCUCUGGUACGUUGAUCGGUCGACGUUUUGGUUCCUCCAAGACGCCUUCGGCAUCGCCCUCUGCUUCGUCUUCCUCCGCACCAUCCGCCUCCCCACCCUCCAAGUGGCGUCGGUGCUGCUCGUCCUCGCCUUCUUCUACGACAUUUUCUUUGUGUUUGUGACGCCGCUGCUCUUUGGCCGGUCGGUCAUGGUCGACGUCGCCACGGGCGGCCAGAGUGCCAGCUCCAAAAGCGGCUACCCCGGCGUGGACUUUUGCGAGAGGUACCCGGCCUUCGACGCCUGCUUGGACCCGGAACCGCUCCCGAUGCUGCUCUUGUUCCCGCGGUUCCACGACUGGCGCGGCGGCCAGGCCAUGCUCGGGCUCGGGGACAUCGUCCUCCCCGGCCUCUUGCUCUCCUUUGCGCUGCGCUUCGAUUACGCCCGCGAGGUGCACGUCAAGCAAACAGACGUCUGCUUUCAUCGAUAUUACGUCGUCACGUGCAUUGGGUACUGCCUCGGUCUCUUGGCCGCCAACGUCGCCGUCGUGGUCAUGGAGAUGGGGCAGCCGGCGCUCCUCUACCUCGUGCCGUGCACGUUGGGUGGCAUCUCCAUCGCAGCUUUCAUCUCUGGAGACUUGCAUCAAAUGUGGCAUGAUGGACCGUACCCCGUGCAUCCCAUGGCACCGACAUUGCAUUCGCCUGGGGACGGUGAUCGUGGUGAAAAUGCGCCGUUUCUAUGACGCUAAACAUAAUUUGGAUUGGCUAAAAUAAACCAUUUGCACACAUCCCAUUGGUG